AUGUUUGACAUGCUUACCCUGGACCUGAAAUACAAGGUUCCAGUUCCAUCUUCUGCAAAAACGGUACUGGGAAUGUCUACGAAAGUCCCUACCGAAUUACCUGAUGAGGGGAUCACCACGUACGGUAAUCUGAUGAUCUACCUGGCCAAAACAUCGCUACUACUAUACAUCGUCCAGGAUGAUCCACAUGACUGGGCACGAGAAGCGUCACUAAUGAGUUCUGUAUACGGAGGCUCGACGAUCAACAUCGCAGCUACGGGCGCAAUCGACGGAACCGUUGGGCAACUCCGCGUGGAGGAGCUCGACAUCAGGGAUCGUACACCAUUCUUAAUACUACCGUUCAUUGUUCGGAUACCUUCUUGUUCUCUACUCUCUACCGAUUGCGGGUCGGCAGCCUCUCUUCUGACUAUUGAGGCUAUCCCUCUACCACAAUACACAAAGAUGAGUUUUACAUUUCCAAAGGACAGGCUAGUUGCCCUUUCAGGAAUUGCAAGAAACGUACACGAUCAGACUGGUGACCAAUACGUGGCAGGGCUAUGGAGAAGUAAACUAGAGCAACAGCCUUGUUGGUACAAUCAAGAUGAUUCUCUUGACACAAGACUACAGAGAGAUUUUGAUGAUUACAUCUCUCCAUCAUGGUCUUGGGCCCAGAUAAAGGGUAGAAUUGAACCCGACAAAGCCGGAUUCUUCGACAGCUCUCUAUACUCCCAAGUUAGGGAUUAUCUUCGAACGCCAAAUCGCUGCAUCGAUGUUCUAUAUGCCCAAGUAUUGCGUGUCCACAUCGAGGCCAGCGGACCCGAUCUUUUCGGACAAGUCAUUUCCGGCACACUGCGCCUUAGUUGCAGCCUCAUAUCACGGGCUACAAUAUACGGACACACAGCAGGUGAUCGUAUGCCUGGGCUAUGGUGGGAUUUGAUCAAUGGCGACACAAUGGUUUCUGGUUCCGCCCGUCUCCAUGACAAACGAUGCAUGUGCGACAUCUACCAAGAUUCGGAGCGUCAUCACAGUCUUCCAAACGACUAUUCACUUGGCUACGACGUUUACGUGGUACCCAUAUGGAGGUGGUGGGUUCUAGGGAUGAGGUGUCUUCUGCUCAUUCCCGUGGCUGGACGAAAAGGUACUUAUAGCAGAGUUGGUGUGCUUCGGGUAGGUCCGGAGAGAGAGCCACUGGGAACGGAGCCACCAUAUUUUGGGUACGAUGCUAUCUCAGACUUGGAAGACAUGGUGCGAGAGCAUCGGGACGAUUUGGACCAGAAGAGUAUAUCGAGCUCAUACGGGAUGACCCAGACGAUCCCCGAUAUGUUAUUGAUAUCAUCUGAGGUGGAUCGCUAA